UCUUCAUUAUUCUUUAUUCUUUACUUUGUCUACUUACGCCUUGUUCCUCUCAUCAAUCUUUUCAACGAACAUCAGAAUUAACAUGAGAAGCAUGCUUUGCUGUUGUGUUAACUCGGAGAACAACAGGAAGUAUGCAGAGCUGGACGCGAAGCUUGCACGGAAAAUGGUGGAGAGCCGGAGGAUUUAUCCGGGACACCGGAGUUUAAAGUCUAUGGAUUCAAUAAUCAUGAAGUUUCCUAAGCUAAGAGAAGGAUUAAGAAACAUCAGAAGCGUUUUCGAAACCUACGAUAGUGAUAAAAAUGGGACAAUCGAUAUCGAGGAGCUGAAGAAAUGCUUAGAGGAACUAAAGCUAUGUUUGUCAGAGGAAGAAGUGAAAGGUUUAUAUGGAUGGUGUGAUGUUGAUGGAAGCAAAGGGAUACAAUUCAAUGAGUUUAUAGUUCUUCUCUGUCUCAUCUAUCUUCUAUCAAAACCUUCCUCUGAAUCCAACACGGAAUCAAAAGAGAUGGGUCCAAAGUUGGUUGAAUCAAUAUUUGAUCCGAUAGUAGAAGUGUUCUUGUUUUUAGACAAAGAUGGUAAAGGAAAAUUAAACAAAGCUGAUGUGAUAAAGACAUUGAAUAAUGAAGACUAUCCUUUAGAAAGAUCUCCUACAUCUUCACAUGUUACCAACAUGAGAUUUGAAGAAAUGGAUUGGGGAAGAAAAGGGAAAGUGGGUUUUAGAGAGUUUCUAUUUGCUUUCAUGAGUUGGGUUGGUCUUGAUGAUGCAGAAGAUUAUAUGACCAGCUAAACAAACAACUUAUACCAAAGUUUGCACAAUUAUAUACAUCUAAGCUCAUUAUGUUGUAUUUGGUUUCUUAUGUGCAUAUGUACUUUGCUAUCAACAUGACUCUUAUAUGCUUGUUUAAUUCAUUAUUUUUCAAUGACUA